AUGUCGUUAGUUUUCAACCUAGACGUGGUUGUCGAGGAUGAGAAUCCAGAAGUGACGCUGGCACAGAUUCUUAAUGUACCAGACUUUGUUGAGAAAUACUUGGAUAUUGAUACGAAACUCUGCCUCCGUGCAACCUGCACCAUCAUCCGGGAAAUCAUCAAUAAAAAGCAGCUAUACAUAGAUUGUCUCAACUACAAAUGCAAUGGAAAAAUUAUCGAGAUUUCUACGAAUCGAGGCUUCAACGUCUCUUACGAAAUCAUUAAAAAAGGAUUGAUUGUGAAAUACUGGAAUAAAGAGAAAGUGAUCAAUACGAACAACGAUGAAGAAAAUGUUGAGAGAAUUCAACGGGAUUUGAUGUCGAUUCUUUGCAGUGAGAAGCUGAGAAUUGACACUUUUGGAAUCGAAGACAAUGUGACAACUGAAUAUCAUCAUGAACCUCAUAUUGGAAUGAUAGUACUAAAAAACACUUUGAACCAAGUGCCCAACAAACUGAAGAUCAAAAGUUUGGAGUACUUUGUUGAAGAAUUAGAUGAAGUUUUAUUAGAAACAUUGAAGACGAUAGACCCGGAGAAUCUCGAAUUCCUUAAACUCAGAGUCACACCUUUUAUGUAUAAUUGCACCCCAAUCUGGAGAGACGUGUAUAAUCUGGAACAAUGGAAACGUUUGAAAACGAUAGAUGUUCGUUUUCCGCAAUUGAAGGUACCGCACAUUACCAGAUUCUUCACUCACGUAGAGAAUGUUCAUUUGAAGACUGACUAUUUUAACGGUUUUAUUGACUGCGGGCCUGUACACCAUUUUGUUAUGGAGCUUAUAGAUAAACUACUUGAAAAUUCCACUCUCAAACAGUUGAAAAUUCGAGUGGACGAGGCGAUGAGUGAUACUGAUUUUGAAGAUAUAAACGAAAGUCUCCAACAAUACAACACGAGCAAUGUUCCGUAUCCGUGA